AUGCACGAAGCAACAACAGAAGCAGACCAAGCAGCUCCAAGUCAUCUGUACCAGUUGCUAUUGCGGCCAAUCGUGAAGGCGACCAUCGCCCAACGCGAUACGUCGGCCGAGACUCUCGACGACGUCGUUGUCAACGGCGGAUCGUUCGACGAGAUCCUGCAGAAGAUCUGGAGCUUGUUCAGCGGCCGUGUCAAGUACAGAGCGGUGCGGACGGACGGCGAGUGGUCUGUCGAGACCCACGAGGUGGGCGAGGGGGACCGUGUCGUGCAGCUCAGGGCCAAAAAGAAGGUAGUGGAGUCUACCAAGUCAGCACAAGCGUGGAAGCAGUGGCUGCAAAAAAUGCGAGGGCAUACAGUGACGCUCGUUAUCUAUGAGUAUGGUUUGUCGAUCGCAAGAGCUCAAGAUCGAGAUGAAUUCGUCGCAGCCUGCAUACAGCCUGAGGAGAUCGAUCGUGAAGGUGUUGUUUGGCGUCUGUGGGCCAACCAUCUCACGCGGAAUCUCAACAGGUCAACGUGGGACACCGCUAUUCAACAACUACCACCAGAGUAUAUCGCGAAUCUGCUUCGACUCGUGGAUACACAGAUGGAGCAACACGUGGCCGAAAUUACUCGAACGGCAAAUGUGGCGCUAGAUGUUGUGGAGGCCACAAUUGCUGACUACCGGCAGCUGCGCCAAAGGUGGGAAUUUCUCGGACAGUAUCUCGAUGAAAAUGAGCGCCGUUUGGAAGUGCGCAAGAGUGUUAUCAUGGGGUUUCUGCGCGACAUCACCCCUCCUGCUCGCGACAAAGUGAUCGACCCUCUCCUUCAAAUGGAGAACGUCGACGACACAGAGCACGCCGAGUGA